AUGUGUCCACGUGGUUUUGCGGCUUUGGGAAAUAUCCACGAGAACGUUUCCACACAUUUCUUUGACCUCCGCACACUACACUGGGCUGUUUACGACGAGCGAAGCCCUGUCCCAUCCUUGGAGCCUCGAGAAGCCUCUGCGCCGUGCUUGGCGGCACUCUCAAAAGUGCACGGAAGUCGCCUGGGCGGGACUUCCGGCGUCUUCCUCGCGGCGGACAUUUUGUCCGCUCUUGGUGGACCACCCGGACGGGAAGACACGCGGGGAGGCUGUGUGCCCGCUGCAGAGAGGCUCGGCGGUGUCAGCGCCCGCGAAGGCCCCGCUGCCAGCGCCACGCGACGGCUGUGCGCGGGUCCCGACCUGGGACCCCUCACGGCCCCGUGUGGUCCAGAUUGUGAUGGCGGCCGCGGUGAUGGUUCCGGCCUAGGUUAUUGGUGUGCAGUGGAAGAUGAAGAGGCGCCUUCCCAGCAGACCGUCUCUGUAGGAGGGUCCCACGAUAGCAUUCCCAAGGUAGGUUCAUCAACCCAGAUGGCGCACCCUUGUGACAUAUGUGGCCCUGUCAUGAAAGACCUCUUACACCUGGAUGAACACCAGGAGGCACGCCAAGGACUGAAGCCUUACACAUGUGGGGCAUGUGGGAGACAGUUCUUACUCAGUGCAGACUUUCAGCAGCACCAGAAGCACUACAGUGUAGAGAAACCCGUGAGAAAAGACAAAGGCAAGACCUCAUCUGUGAAGAGCUGUAGGGUUUGUGAGGAACCUCGCCUGUCAGAAAAGCCCUUUCCUUGUGAGGAGGAGCGGAGCCUCCAGGCCAGUUUGGACAGUCACCAGCUACAGGCCACCUACAGCAAGAAGAUGAAGAGAACUGAGUCGGGGGAGGCUUCUCACAGCGGACAGAUGCAGUACACGUGCGGCGAAUGCGGGAAGACCUUCAACCGCAAAGACACGCUUGUCCAGCACCAGAGAAUCCACACCGGAGAAAGGCCUUACGAGUGAAGCGAAUGCGGGAAGGCCUUCAGCCGCAAAGCCACACUUAUCCAGCACCAGAGAAUCCACACUGGAGAAAGGCCCUAUGAGUGCAAAGAAUGUGGGAAGGCCUUUAGCCGCAAAGACAACCUUACUCAGCACAAAAGAAUUCACACUGGAGAAAUGCCUUACAAGUGUAGUGAGUGUGGAAAGUACUUUAGCCAUCACUCUAACCUCAUCGUACACCAGAGAGUUCAUAACGGAGCGAGGCCUUAUAAGUGCAACAACUGUGGGAAAGUCUUCAGACACAAAUCCACCCUUGUUCAGCAUGAGAGUAUCCAUACUGGAGAAAAUCCUUAUGUUUGCAGUGAUUGUGGGAAAUCUUUUGGCCACAAGUACACACUCAUUAAACACCAGAGAAUUCACACUGAGACAAGGCCUUUUGAGUGCAUUGACUGUGGGAAAUUCUUUAGUCGUAGCUCUGACUUUAUUGCACACCAGAGAGUUCACACAGGGGAAAGGCCAUUUGUGUGCAGCAAAUGUGGGAAAGAUUUUAUCAGAACAUCCCACCUUGUUAGGCACCAAAAAGUUCACACUGGAGAAAGGCCAUAUGAGUGCAACGAAUGUGGGAAAGCCUAUAGUUUAAGCUCUCACCUCAUUCGGCACCAGAAGGUCCACACUGCAGGGCGGCUUUAGGAGUGCUUUCAACACAAUAGGACUCCUAUGGAGAGGGGCUGUGUGAUUGCUCUUGGAGAGGAAGAUACCGGUCAGAUGUGGAUCCUCAUACAUCUGAACGUUAGCACUGCGGAGAGACCUUAAUGCCAGGUUCAGAGAAGCUCUCAUGGGUUGUGUUGCACUUGCACACCUGCUCAGGUUCCUUGCCAGAUUUGGCCCCCAAGGCCUGUGGCUGAAACCAUCUCAGCUCUACCAUCUUAGUUACCAUAUGUCCUCAGGGAAGGUAGACUUUGUCAUCUCCAGUCCCUGGAGGGGAUUAUGAGAAUCCUGCAUUAAAUAGGGUUCCUCAUUCUCUCCCCACUGACUGGUAAAGGUGUGGACCUCACCCAUCUUUAGCCAAGAGGACCUGAGCUGUGUUCUGGGGGCUUACAGAAAAGGUUUACUAUCUUCAUGGACAUUGUUGGUCUCAUGUGGUACGUGUGACACAUUUUCCAGCCUCCAAGUCACCCAGCCUGGAGAACUACUUGUCU